UUUGUGAUUUCAAAUCAUAUAAAUAUAUUCUCUCAUUUGGUUUUUUUCUUUUUUGCUUUUCUUUCUUCGAAGAAAUUCAGAGAGGGAGGGGAACAGUAUGGCUGAGGAGAUCGGAAUACAGAUUCCAAGAGUGCAACUUGGAAACUGUGGAUUUGAGGUUUCAAAAUUGGGGUUUGGAUGCAUGGGCCUGAGUGGGGUUUAUAACUCUCCUGUUGCCGAUGAGGAUGGUAUCGCAAUCAUAAAACAUGCCUUCAGCAAAGGAAUCACUUUCUUUGACACAGCUGAUAUAUACGGACCUCAUACGAACGAAGUUCUUCUUGGGAAGGCCUUGAAGCAGUUGCCAAGGGAGAAAAUUCAAGUGGCUACAAAGUUUGGAAUUGUUGGACAGGUGGAUCCUCCUGUUAUUUCAGCGAAGGGAACUCCCGAGUAUGUCCGCUCAUCCUGCGAGGGGAGCUUGAAACGUCUUGAUGUGGACUACAUUGAUCUGUAUUACUACCACCGGGUGGAUUCUUCGGUGCCUAUAGAGGAAACUGUGGGUGAGCUGAAGAAACUUGUGGAAGAAGGAAAAGUAAAGUAUAUCGGGUUAUCUGAAGCCAGCCCGGACACAAUAAGGAGGGCACACGCAGUUCAUCCGAUCACAGCUAUACAAAUCGAGUGGUCCCUCUGGACUCGUGAUAUUGAGGAAGUUAUUGUUCCACUUUGCAGGGAGCUUGGCAUCGGAAUAGUUCCAUAUAGUCCACUUGGUCGUGGUUUUUUCGGUGGCAAAGAAGUUGUUGAAAGUGUUUCUGCAAAUAGUUAUGUGGCCUCACAUCCCCGGUUCGUAGGAGAGAACUUAGACAAGAACAAGAACAUGUACAACCGAAUAGAAAUCCUCGGUAAAAAGCACGAAUGCUCUCCUGCUCAACUAGCCCUAGCAUGGGUUCUCCACCAAGGAAAUGAUGUCGUACCUAUCCCGGGGACAACAAAGAUUAAGAACCUGGAUUCAAACAUUGACUCCUUGAAGGUGUGCCUGAAGGAAGAGGACCUGAACGAAAUUUGUGAUGCUGUACCGAUCGACCAAGUAGCUGGUGAUAGAGAUCAUGCACUCCUGAUGGGGCUGCAAUGGAAGCUCGCCAACACUCCUCCUCCGAAAGACUCCAAGAUCUGAGCUUUAGGACAUGGAAACGUUUCCAUCUGAUGGUCGGAAUUGAACGACAUUGUAUUUUGUGAACGGAAGCUGCUAUUUACAUUACCUAGAAAGUCAUCGUGCACUCCUCUCUUGUGUGAAAAAAAAAAGAGAGGAGAAAAGCGCAGGAUGAAGUUUUUAUCGUGUUAAUAACAAAUGAAAGUUGAAACUCGUGUUCUAUACUUUAUCUGUUCUCAUUUCUUAACAUCUCUUCGUUCAAUU